AUGGAUGCCAAAGUCUCUUGCUUCAACAAAAAAAUCGUUUCUUUUUCGUUACUAUACGAUUGGAUUUGUUGGAAAAUCAGUCCUCUGCGAUUAUUUGCAAUCACCGUAUGUGCAAAUGAAAAAGUAGUUUCUGAUGUGCAAAUAUCCAUGAAUAGCCGUCUCUUGCCAUACCAUUUGAAAAAGAGACAAAAACUAGAAGAAUCUUUUCCAGAGCAAAGUUUGGUCUCUCAAAAAAACGGUCAAGAUGGCACACCCAUGGAUGAUUCCGAUGACGACGACGAUGAUGAUGAUGAAUCAUGGAAAUAUUUGCCUAUGGUGUGCGAACAAUGUGAUGCGACCAUUCCUAUUCUAUCGGAACAUGAAAAAAGAUUGGAUUUAUGUGGUGACCUGAUGGAUCUGUACUCGGUUGAUAUUCAACUAAAAAGGAAUGCAUUUGAAAAAAUGCCACCCUUUGAUUCAAAGGAUGAUCAAUUCCCUCCACCAGUACCAUUAAUUGCCGAAAUCAAUCAUCGACUCGUCAAAUUUGACCAACCUGAGUCACCCCACGUGGAGAUUUUUCUACACGAGGCUCUCAACACCACCUCGAUAGCACUCAACAGUAACAGGUCAGGAAUUGCACCCUCCAUGCGGAACCUAUUCAAUCUUAUUAAAACUACAUCCGAUCCCUCGAUGCAAUUUAGAAUUCGUGAUGCAUAUCCCUUUGUCCACGACUCGUCUACUGGCGGAUUUGAAAAUGAAAUCAAACAUGAAAUCAUGGUGAAGGAAUUAAUGAACCAUUUUUCAAUGACAACGUCCAAGCUCAUUAUUGUUUGUGGACAAUUCCCUUGCAAGGCAGCCAAAGAGGCUUUUAAUGCCAAUCCUUUGGAUUACGAAAUGGUUGACUAUAGUCAAGAAUCUUAUCACACCAUUUUAGAUAAAGCCAAAGGCACAACCGAGGACAAAGAGGUGGAUGUAAGUAGGAUAGUUCCUAAAAGGCUCAUUGCUAUCGCUCCGCAUCCAUCAGUCAUGUUUGCGUUGCACAUAACAGCAGCCUAUAUUUUGAUUGCUCAUGAUAUCUACAAAAUGGCUCCAAAGGUAUCUCAAUUUGACCCAGUUCAAACAUUUAAAUCGAAUUCCCCCUCGUCUGCCUCGUCCUCCUUCUCCUCCACGUCCUUAUCAUCCACGUCAUCUUCAUCAUCUGCCUCGUCUUCCUCGUCUGCCUUGCCCCCGUCCUCCUCGUCCUCCUCCACGUCCUUAUCAUCCACGUCAUCCUCAUCAUCUGCCUCGUCUUCCUCGUCGUCCUUAUCAUCCACCUCAUCUUCAUCAUCCUCCUCUUCGUCCUCCAAUCAAAAGACCACCAAACGCCCAAAUCUAAGUAACAAAACAAAAGAUUUUCCUUCACUUAAACAAUGGACGUUGGAACAUCUAGUUGAAGAGGCCACAUCCCGCAAAAUCGACGUAGAGAAUAUCAAAGAAGAUCGUCUUCAAGUUGAAUGUGUUUUGUUGAAAUCGGUCCUUGGGUUUCAAAUAUGGUCAGAACAAAAAAUUGAACAGUUUGAUCUAGAGGAAUCAAAAUCGAAAAAAGAUAUACUGGCCUAUGCGAGAGAAAAAAAAAUCCCUUUGACAGACUAUUGGUUCUUCAUGACGUUGGAAACCCUCAAAAAAGCCGUGCAAAGGUGUCUCGCUUCCACCUCGUCCCCAUCUCCGUCCUCCUACUUGCCCACCCCUUCCUCACCCUUGACCGAUAUCUCACUCCCCUCUUCCCCAUCCUUGACCGAUGCCCCACCCACUUCAUCCUCAUCCGAUACCUCAACUCCACCCUCUUCCACCGAUACCUCAUCCUUGACCGAUACCUCAACCACCUCAUCCGAUACCUCAACUCCACCCUCUUCCACCGAUACCUCAUCCUUGACCUAUACCUCACUCCCCUCACACUCAUUCUCCUACUCCUCCUACUCUAAACCUUUUGUAAAAAAUGAAAAGUGCGUUUACAAAGAUGAAGAGAAACAUAUAAGAGCAAAGAGAGAUUUUUAUCACUCUGGAAUGUGUAGAAGGCGCCGAAGCAAAUGGAAAGUUAUGAGGGAAAACAACCGUGGCAAUUAUCUUUAUAUCGGAAUUGAUCCUGGAAGGUCAAAAUGCACGAUUGUAGACUCUAUGAAUCGUGCUCGAGUGGUUUCAGUGGCAUCUUAUUACAACCUCAUGGGCACUGACCGUCUUCUGGCAAGACAACAAAACUACAAAAAGAACCCGGUCCUGUCCAAAUUUGAAAGUGGAUUGCCAACCUAUAAUACCUUUGAUACUUUAUUCAAUGUAGAAUCUGUAUUGAGACGAAUAGAGUAUGAAAGAAUUACCCAUAGGGAUCAAUGUCGUCUUUAUUCCCAUGUAGUGACGUCCUAUACGUUUCAGACCAUGGACAAGAACAGGAACAUUGACAAGAAGCGCGCCCAAUAUGCCUAUGCAAAGAGCUUUGUACCACCAACAACAAUCCCGAAAAAUAGAAUAGUGAUUUAUAUUGGAGGGUCUGAUUUUUUCCGUGGAUCCCGAGGUGGUGGUAGAACUGGUUGUACAUCAAAGACACUACUCAGACUGUUUUUGAAUAUGGGUUACAAGGCACGUCUUGUCAAUGAAUUUAAUACCUCCAAAAUUCAUAAUGCAUGUGCCUCCAAAAUUCAUUCUACCAACAACAACAAGUUCCUAGAAAAAGCUAAACACCAAAAGGUUAAAAAUGUGUUGCCAGAAUCUUUUGAAAAGACCCAUGUUGUUGGUGCACCCAUAUCCUCCACGUUUUCAGACAAUGGUGUUCGUUGGCAAGGAAAGGAUUCCAAGUUAUGUGAUGGUUGCAAAUUGACUGAUUACAAUUGUCAAUGCUCCAAGGCUCAAUUGGCGGACAAAGAGAAUGAUUCAACUCUGAAAGUGUCUCAAUUGGCAGAUGAUAUGAAUGAAACUCUAAAAGUAUUCAUAUCACUUGAAAAUACUUCACCUUCUCCAACUAUGCUAUUGGAAUCCCUUUUCUCUUUAAGCAAAAAGACUGUCAAGGAGUUGAUAGAGUUUUGCAAUCUAAACUCUAUCAAAUACAAUCAACAAGAAGAGCCAACCAAAGGGAAAAACAAAAGAGGUUCUCACAAGGAUAGUAAGGGUGGUGCUACCAACAGCAAAAAGGACCAACUUAUCAACGCUAUCAUCAAGUUUAAUUUUGAAAAACAAAAAAGGGAUGCUAGCAAAAAUAAGAAAAAGAGGUCAAAAUCGUCAUCAACUACUAAUGAUCGUUGUAAGGACCAAGAUCAAAGCAAUAGUCAAAAGGAUGGGAACAAGUCUACAAGCAACUCUGUUUCGACCCACGAUUAUGGUUUUGAGAGAAAGAAAGAGAUAACAUAUGCUUCACAGUAUAUCUAUUCAUAUCAAAUAACUAGAUAUGAUCCUAAUCCAUUAGUUCAAUUUGUUUAUCUUGAAGGAGGAACAUUCUCUAUAUCUAUUAAUGCAAAACCUCAGAAUCAUCCUUUAUUCUUUUUACUUUGUUCAGAUGAUGAUUGGAAGAAUAUAUUUGGAUAUAAGAUACCAGAACCAACAUGUAAUUUAUUAGAAAACCCAGAAAUGUUAAAGAUAUGUGAUGUUGGAGUCAAUUUUACAGAUACAUUGUCAGUGUACAAGGUCAUUACAAAAUACAACAAAUAUUUGGUCAAUAUAUUGGAUUGUCAAGAUAGUGUGGUGCAAGAGAAACCAGUCAACAUCACGCUGGACCUAAAGAUGAUCAAUCCAGACAAUAACAAUCUAUCGGCAGAAUUGAUACCUGCACCAUUCAUGUAUACUAUCAUGGGUAUACUGUGGUGCAUCGUAUUACUGUUCUGGCUCUACAACAAUAUCAAACACGUUCAAAGAAUAUCAAAGAUUCAUUUCUUUAUGACACUCUAUCCUCUGCUAAAACUAGUCAUUUGCUUUUACAAUGCAUCCCUCAUUAGAGACUUAUCACAUCUCGAUACUUCACCAACACAAAUCUUUUUCCGUAAAUUCUUGGACAUCUUUUUUAAUCUUUACAUUCAAGUACUCUUAUUGUUACUUGGUACCGGUUGGUACGUCACUCAAAAUACAAUCAAAGGUGAUAGAUAUAAUAUGAUGGCUUUGGUUGGUGGUUUAUCAGUUGCUAUGAUUCUUGAUGAAUUAUAUGUUUCUGAUAGUAUUUCUUAUUUAUUUGUAGAAUUAUUUAUAUUAUCAAUUAGAGUAUUUUUAUUAUUCUAUGUAUUUAUAGCAAUUAAUAUAAAUUCAAGACAAUUAGAAUAUCAUAUUCUACAAUACAAUCCUUCACAAGAAUCUCAAACAACACUUAGUCAAGAGGAAAUUGUUUUAUUUAUUAAAAAGUUUAAAUUAUUUGUAAUGUUUAAAUUAAUAUUAUUAUUUUGGGUUGCACUUAUAACUUUAAAAUUCUUUACCUCUUUAUUAUUGUAUGGAGGAAUCAUUAAUAAUUGGGUAUCAAUGAUGAAUAGUGAAAAUAUAGAUUUAAUUUUAUUUAUUUGUAUUGGGUACAAUUAUAGGGCAAGAAGUGAAAAUAUAUUUAAAAUCAUUAGAAUAAGACCACCUGAAUUGGAUUCAAGAGUUAAUCGUGAACAUAUGCAUCAUAACCUUGUUAGAAAUCAACAACAAAAUCAAAAUAAUAAUAAUAACCAAAGUGACGAAGACGAUAAUAAUAAUGAUAAUUAUGAUGAUGAUGAAGAUCAUGGUAUUGAAAUGCGUGAUUUAUCAAAUAAUAAUAAUCGUCAUAAUAAUAUUUAA